AUGUACAUUUUGCACUUUCUCUCCUUCUCGCUCGUCAUUGAUAAACGAACAAUCACAAUCACAAUCGACAAGCCAGCCGACGUCAACUUCGACGUGAAAUGGACUCAGAAUGGUUGCAACAUAGCGAACGGCACAUAUUGCGCUGAUGUUCGCCCGUUCAACUGUAGCGAGGCGCUGGCUUGGUACAAUCAGGGCAAAACAGCCUAUGCCGAUGCGACAACGCGAAAAACCUUGGACACUCAAUACACAACCAUAUAUCAUGUCUACGGGAAACGCAUGCUAAUAUUUACGGCGCUCACUGUAGAAGGGAACGAGUUUGCCGUCACAGUCAGCACUUCUUCGGGUUGGAUCAGAGAUUUUCGCAAACCCCUGCUGCUCACCGGCAUUCGAUACAACGCCAAAAGUAACGCAACCCUGACGGCAGCGGCUCUCACGGGCGACUAUCCGGUCAUUGUGGCGAACCCGGACACAUACGACAAUAAUGGUGGACCGCUUGUGAUGGUGAAAGCAAUGCACGCGGGGAUUGCGGAAGAACUGUGCCCAGAUCCCGGGAAGCCGAUCGAUUGCCCUCCCGACACAAUAUUCAGCGUCUACGCCGGCUCCAGUCCCGAAGCCCCGCCACAUUUAUUGGCCAAAGUUCGCGGUGGAAUUCCGGUUUAUUCUCGGUGCACCGUGACAACUAUCAUUCCAAGCCACAACUGCUCAUUCUGUCUUCUCUUUGACACUAGAAAAGCCGAUGAACCAUUGGACUCACCCUCGACUUGGACUCCAUAUUACUAUCCAUGGUUUCACGACAGAGGAUUGCAAAUGGAACACCUCGCCGAGUAUGGACCCGCACAAUUGAACGGAAAAUUCAUGGAAACGAAUGGGCAAGCAAGACAGAUGAUCGGUGAGAUCAGCCAACUCUCCGGAGUGAGUCUUCACGUUUUGACGUUUGAUUCGGGUGAAGAUGGGAAGACGUGUAACUUGAUGAGGCCGACAUCAAAUCAAAGUUUCACGAUGCCACCAAACGCGCCAUUUCACUUCAAUGCAUUCUGUUUUCAGCUUGAUUGGGUCAACGAAACAGCCGAGGCGCCAAUUGGAUUCCUGAUUUCGCUGGAGGAAGUGACGCACUUUUGGGAAUUGACAAUAGAUACGCCCUCGUUUGCGAUCCACGGAAAUCGAUUGCAGAACGAGGAAAGAAUUUUGAUCUUCACAAACUCAACAAUAACUCUGCUUGUCGAUGUCACCCAAUACGGAGCCAACAGCACUCUUCCGAUCAUCUUCGACGGAGAAACACUACCCAAGACUGCUUUUCAAAACAUACCUUUUGCCUCAAAGAGCAACGAUCGGCAAGCGAAGGGUUACUUCUCGACGACCAGCCUCACAAUUGCGAACAAAUCCGCUUUCUAUUUACGCCAUAACCCGGAUGUGCACAAUGUGGAGUAUGCGGUGUCGUUUCGGGUUAAGGAAUGGGUGAAUGACACUCGACAAGUCCUUGUUAUCCCGGGACUCCAGUCACAAGAUGAACUCUUCUAUGUUUUGGUUAAACCAAAAUCACUUGUUACAGUUGUGUCGAAUCCGAAUACGUACAAAACGAGCGACACUUUCGUCUAUCCCUUCAUAAUGAUGGCUCCGUCAAAUGAGAGUUGUCCUUUGUUUCAAGGAUCAAUCACUUGUCCUCCAACAACAAUUUAUUCGAGCUUUGUCGGUGCGGAUCCCGGCUAUUCACUAAAUUCGGAUCAUCAUUUGGCCGAUGAAAGAGCUGGUGCAUUCAAAGCCUACAUCACUUCCACCGCUGGCACAAUGUUUCCCAACGAGGAUUGUGGCUUCUGUCUCCGCUUUGACACAAGAGAUUCACCCCACAUCUAUAAUCUAAAUGAAAGCUACUUGAAUAUGAAUGGGUAUUCGAUCUGGACCCCUCCAUACUAUCCCUGGACUCACGAUCUACGAGAAAAGAUAGACUACUAUGCACAAGAUGGGGCAAUAAAUGUUGGGAUUGGGGGAGAAAUCGUUAAUUAUGCAAAUGACACCGCUCCUUUCUUCCUUGCCACAGUGAAGAGAAUGAGCGGCUCGUUGAGGGUUCAGGCGCACAAAGGCGCUCAAGGGGCCGCUUGUAUGACAUCUCCAUACGAACAACAAAAGUGUGCAUCACUCUACCAAAUGGAAAAUCCGAUAACGGUCAAGUCCGGCUAUUUGAUGAUCAUCGAAGAGGGCAAAGGGGUGACGAGCUGUGCGCUAACCUACUCACUGAACGACGCCCCAUUCGUUGCCAUCCCAUCUACCGAUCUUCGAUCCCUAACAACAUCCGAUCAGGCACUCUGUAUUCAGCCUUGUGCCAACUGCACUUUGACCAUCGAAUUCACAUAUUAUUGUGCGGCGACCCAACUAGCGGAGUGCAAACUUGUCAACGAUGAACCGCCGUUAUGGGUUAAUCCGACUGAUGCAAGUCUGAGUGGGACUGAAUGCAAAACGAGCUUCAUUUUGCCCGAUGGAACACUCUUUGUGAGUUGCGGCCUGGUCGCCCGUGCCGACAAUUUGUUCAUUACCUGGAAUAGAGAUCCACAAAAUGAUUUCGCACUGAAUAAAAGUGCUCUUUCAAUCGCCGUGCUCGACCUUGUUAAAGAUUCAUCACAAUACAAAGUGCUUCCCAAUGGAGCGAAAAGUUUUCCCGUCAAAAAAUCGAAUCAAACCACGUGGCUCUCGUUCGUCUUCGGCGAUGAACCAAAGCUUUUAAAAGCAAUAAACAGCGCAAAAAAAGGAAACGUAAACUGCUCAUACAAUCUCUUUAUUCACUCACCCGAUCAGUCGGCCGGUGAUCGAUUUCUUAUGAACAUCAAUGAAAACGAGACUUUUGUCGAUCAAUAUCUGAUCAAUCGUGUCUACGCUUUCCAAGUUCCGCCCGGAUGCACACCAAUUUUUACAAUGGAACCGAUAGAAUUGGCAUCAAUGGGUCACAAGGAUCGACUGGUUGGGCCACAACGAUCGAUUGCAGUGGGUCACAACGAUCGACUGCGUUGGGUCACAACGAUCGACUGCAGUGGGUCACAACGAUCGACUGCGUUGGGUCACAACGAUCGACUGCAAAUCGUCUCAUCGAGUGACUACGAUUGGCCACGGGAAUUCUCGCUGAAAAACGUGACCAGCAUUGUGUUGUCCUGGGCUCCGACCAGCUCCUCUGCGCACAAUGGAGCGCUUGCCUUCAUCAGUGCUGGGAAGAGCACGGCAAAAGGAGAAGCAGAAAAGAUCGGUGAAUCGAUUCCGUGGCUUUGGAUUGUACUUGGGAUGAGUGUUUCGUUGAUUCUCCUCAUCACAACGAUCAUCGUUUAUCUCUAUCGACUCAUGCCAAGAUUUACAGGGUUGAGCAUCAACGUCCUCUCCCCGGAUGAGGUGGAUGCAUGGGAGAUUGCUUCAAUAUAUCUGGACGAUGAGCACACGGUCGCCAUCAAAAUGCCCCAUCAAAUAGCGAGUGAUCAAGACAAAGCCGAUAUCAUACAGGAAAUCGAUUUCAUGAAAACAUUGAAAGUGCACCCGCAUAUUCUGACAAUGUUGGGCUGUUCAAAGGAUCCCGACACGCCAUUGAUUAUCAUGCAAUUGUGCAGCAAGGGAGAUUUGUUGAGUUUGUUGAGAAAAUCGAAAAGGGACGACGAUUCGCAGGAUCGACUGACAAAUGACGAUUUGGUGCCAUUGGCUUGGCAGAUCAGCGACGCAUUGAAUUACUUAGCAACUCAAAAUAUGAUUCAUCGUGAUGUGGCGGCGAGGAAUGUUCUAUUUUCAGAUGAUAAGAUGGCUAAACUAAGCGACUUCGGCCUUUGCCGUCUCUCCAAUGAGCUCUUCUACAAGACAAAAGGUGGCAAAUUGCCCAUCAAAUGGAUGGCUCCAGAAUCGAUUGAAAUGGGGAUUUUUGCUGAAGAAACUGAUGUCUGGUCAUUCGGUGUGCUUCUCUUCGAGUUGUUCACUUUUGGCGCCGCUCCAUAUAUGACCCAAGCACCGGAGGAUAUUUUGAAUUUUUUGAAGGCGGAAAAUCGAUUGGAAUUCCCUGAAGAAUCACCGGCAAUCAUUAAAACGCUGUUUGAUAGCUGUGCCGAGUUGGACCCAAAAAAGCGGCCAAAAUUUGCCGAAAUUCGCGAGAUUCUCUACAAUUUCAUCGAUCGGGGGAACGCUGUCCAGAAUGGCUAUAUCGAGCUGCACAACAGCUAUUAUAGAGAGAGCGAUUCAACAGAGCAAGUAGAGGAGGCGAGAAUAGUGACAAAAGGUUUCGAGAAGCCAAACGACUACAAAUCCUUUCCGAAAGCCCCAGGC